AUGCUCAACUACCUAGCUGUAAACAAGUAUGGAAGCCAGAUGGCAUCUCAUCGUAGCACAAUUGUGAUGAACCACACAAACCAAACAGGGGAGGUCCUCUUCUCCUGCUACAGUCCUUCAGUCGUGGGCUACCGAUACUUUGCUGUGCUGUCGGGGUGUGUUGUGACCAUUACUGGUAUGUUGGGGAACCUGAUGACCAUUCUAGCCUUUUCCUUGGACUCACGUCUAAGGACUCGCUUCAAUGUCCUCAUCAUCAACCUGGCUGUAGCAGACCUCCUGUACUGCACCAUACUGCAGCCUAUCUCAGUUGACUCCUAUCUACACCUCAGGUGGCGCAGUGGUCAACUCUGGUGCAGAAUCUUUGGGUUACUCCUCUUCCUCUCCAACUCUGUGUCCAUUAUCACGCUCUGUCUUGUUGCAUUAAGCAGAUAUCUUCUGGUUGCAAAAAGGGCCGUUUUUGACUGCAUUUUCUCCAACAAUGGUCUAAUUUUACUCCUGAUGUCCACGUGGGCACUUGGCCUGGUCAGCUUUGGCCCACUCUGGUCUGUUUAUGUGUUUGUGCCAUAGGCGUGCACAUGCAGCUUCCAUCGAACCAGAGGUCGCCCUUACACCACCAUCCUGCUCUUCUUCUACUUCUUUAUCAGUCAGGGCUUUGUUGGCAUACUCUAUCUCCUCAACCCCCUAAGUGGGGUUGUAACAUGUAACACAGCAUAA